AUGAAUGAAAUUAUGAAACGAACUGAUCCAUUACCGUUAACAUCCCAUCCUAUCGAAGCUCUUGAAGAAAUAGUACGUAAUUACAGACGUAAUGAACAAUGUAUACACGAGUUAGUGUGUAACGCUCGGCAUGAACGGGAAAAAGCAGAAACGUUUUUACAACAAUUAUAUCAAACAAUACAAAAACGUGAAAAAAAAAGUUCAACUUCUUUCAAUGCAGAUUGCAAAUCGAAUCGACCAAAAUCAAUUGAAUUUUUCGUUUCAUUCGAUAAUGGCAAAAGUCAAAUCAACGAUUAUUCUUAUCAUCGAAAAACUCAUAAAAAUCUACUACAAAUUAAAUCCUCAUCGAAAAAAUCCAUAUUAAAAGAACGAGAUAACAAAUCUAUGUCGUCGAUACUCAGCGAUACAAUCCGUUCUGAUCAUUCUACUGCCAGUAGUAAUCAUCGAGUGCGUUUUAAUGUUCCAGACAAAACAAACGAUUUUCUUUCGUCCCAUGAACGAAAACAAACCAAUACUAUGAAUGAUAGCCUAUCGGAGCUAGCUCGUCGAUGUGAAGACCUUCUUUCAUGUUUACAAACUCAUCGCAAUCAAGCACCGAUAUUUGAGGAUUCAAAACAAAAUGAAUCAUAUCGUCCGGAAUUUAUUUUUCAUACACGCUCAUCUAUUCCACAUUCAGAUCCAUUACGUCAAGAACAUAAACAUAAUAAUGAAAUCAAUCGUAAAUAUCAACAAAUACAUCCAAGUUCUCAUUCUAAUCGGAUUACAUAUGAUACUUAUCAACCAAAAUUUACUCGAUUACCAUUAACAUAUGAAGAAGAAGAAGAAGAAAUAAGACGAACAUCAAACAAGAACUAUGGACAAUCAUCAGCAAAAGUCAAUAAUCGAUUACGAGAAAAUCUCGUGAAUGAUACACAUCUAAGAAAAUCUAUACAAGAAGAAAUUUUUCAACUACGUCUCCGACAAAACUCUCUAUUGCAUGGUCGAACACAUGCCAAUGAAUCACUAAUGAUGAUGGAUAGAUAA